GGGUCGGGGGGGGGGGGGGGGGGGGGGGGGGGUGGGGGGGCGGGAGGGGGGGGGCGGCCGGGGGGUGGGGGGGGGGGGGCGGGGGGUGUGGGGAGGGGGGGGGGGGGGGGGGGGGGGGGGGGGGGGCGAGGGGGAGGGGGGGGGGGGGGGGGGGGGGGGGGGGGGGGCGGGCGGGGGGGGGGGGGGGGGGGGGGGGGGGGGGGGGGGGGGGGGGGGGGGGGGGGGGGGGGGGGGGGGGGGGGGGCCGGGGGGAAAGGUGGGGGUGGGGGGGGGGGGGGGGGGUGGGGGGGCGGGCCGGGGGGGGGGGGGGGGGGGGGGGGGGGGGGGGGUCGCGGGGGGGGGGGGGGGGGGGGGGGGGGGGGGGGGGGGGGGGGUGGGGGGCGGGGGGCGGGGGGGGGGGGGGGGGGGGGGGGUGGGGGGGGGACGGGGGGGGGGGGGGGGGGGGGGGGGGGGGGGGGGGGGGGGGGGGGGGGGGAGGGGGGGGGCGGGGGGGGGGGAGGGGGGGGGGGGGGGGGGGGGGGGGGGGGG